GUUUUUCGUCUUUCACGGUGGCAUUUCUUGUGGCUGGCAGUUUUUGUGCUUCAUUCUUUUGGAAGUUCUUGGGUCGGUGGCUGCGCUGCUUGAAGAGUCAACACUUUUGGGCAUGCAGAGAUCCACUAGGCUCACAUUUUGACUUACUGCACAUCAACGGCCUCAUCAUGCUCAUCGCGUAAGAAUGAGGCGUCGAGUUCAGCGGGCGGAAAUGGAGCAGGAUAUGGAACAAGAGCUGGAACAGAAACUGGAACUGGAAUUGUGUACCAAGUCAACCGCAGCGCUCUUCAAUUAGAUUGCUGCCAACACCAUGGCCAUGGCCAUGGCCGUGGGCAGUGCGGAGGCUCGUCAGGUGGCGGCGCCGGAAGCGAAUGCCGCUGGGCCUGGCAUUGUGGAGCCAGUGCUCGCGCUGCUGCGCAGCGAUGUGGUCAAUCAGACGCGUGCGCCGGUCUUCUACAACAGCUACAACAUCUCCGAGGAUGUCUUCUACUACUUCAAUGGCUUCAAUCCGGCGCCAACCAGCACGGAGUCAGCGUUGAGCGUGAACAGCACGAGCGGAGCGACAGCCGAGCCCACACUGGAGCCGGAUCUGGCUGACUUCCUGGAGGCGCUGCCCAAUGAUCGCGUCGGGCUGCUGGCCUUCCUCUUCCUCUUCUCGUUCGCGACGGUCUUCGGCAACUCCCUGGUCAUCCUGGCUGUCAUCAGAGAGAGGUACUUGCACACGGCCACCAACUACUUCAUCACGAGCCUGGCGGUGGCCGACUGCCUGGUGGGUCUGGUGGUGAUGCCAUUCUCGGCGCUGUACGAGGUGCUGGAGAACACGUGGUUCUUUGGCACCGACUGGUGCGACAUCUGGCGCUCCCUGGACGUGCUCUUCAGCACGGCGUCCAUACUGAACCUGUGCGUCAUCUCCUUGGAUCGCUACUGGGCCAUUACGGACCCCUUCAGCUACCCCAUGCGGAUGACGGUGAAGCGUGCCGCUGGCCUGAUUGCCGCCGUCUGGAUUUGCUCGAGCGCCAUCAGCUUUCCAGCCAUUGUCUGGUGGCGGGCCGCCAGGGAUGGCGAGAUGCCCGCCUACAAGUGCACCUUCACCGAGCACCUGGGCUAUCUGGUGUUCUCCUCCACCAUAUCCUUCUACCUGCCACUGCUGGUGAUGGUGUUCACCUACUGUCGCAUCUACCGCGCGGCAGUCAUCCAGACGCGCUCCCUUAAGAUCGGCACCAAGCAGGUGCUGAUGGCCUCCGGCGAACUGCAGCUGACGCUGCGCAUUCAUCGUGGCGGCACCACCCGAGAUCCGGCGCCCAAUACACAUCAGGUCUCGAGCGGUGGCGGUGGUGGCGGCGGCGGCGGCUCCCUCAGCCACUCGCACUCGCACUCGCACCAUCACCACAAUCACAGCGGCGGCACAACGACAUCCACGCCCGAGGAGCCGGACGACGAGCCGCUAUCAGCGCUGCACAACAACGGGCUAGCCAGACAUCGACACAUGGGCAAGAACUUUUCGCUCUCGCGCAAGCUGGCCAAGUUUGCCAAGGAGAAGAAGGCGGCCAAGACGCUGGGCAUUGUGAUGGGCGUGUUCAUUGUGUGCUGGCUUCCAUUCUUUGUGGUGAAUCUGUUGUCCGGCUUCUGCAUCGAGUGCAUUGAGCACGAGGAGAUUGUUUCGGCGAUUGUGACAUGGCUGGGCUGGAUCAACUCCUGCAUGAAUCCUGUGAUCUACGCCUGCUGGAGCAGAGACUUUCGCAGAGCUUUUGUGCGACUCCUGUGCAUGUGCUGCCCCCGCAAGAUACGCCGCAAGUAUCAGCCCACAAUGCGCUCCAAGUCACAGUGUCACGUCGCUGCCGCCAUGGUGGCUGCCUCAACAUCCUUUGGCUACCACUCCGUCAACCAGCUGGACCGCAACCUCAUGUGACGUCAGCCCAGCAGCUGCAGCACUUGCAGCGGCAGCAGCAACUGUGGCGCCGGUGUCGGCUCCGGCUCCGGCUCGGGCGCCCGCAACUCUCAUCAAUAUCAUUCGUCAGCGGCGGCCACGCCCUCAUCUUCGCAGCGCUCGUGCACGCGCUGCCAGAGCUUCCACCGGCACCACCAUCGCUCCAGGCGCCGCAGCUCAGGCAUGCAGCUGCGCGGCGACUACAACUCGACGUCGGCGGUGAACAGCGCCGCCAAAACGCUGGUCACCAUCACAGCGCCGCCGGCGGCGGCUGCCUCGGCCAGCUCGCUACAUCUGGGCAGGCCCACAUCGAUGUCCACGCUGACGCUGGCCUCGGGGCCGACGUCGCUGCUGCUGGACGCCACGCUGGGUGAUGACGGCAUAAAGGCUGGAUCCGGUAGCGCUGCCAAUACGCCAGUUGCACCACCAGCAGCAGCUGCGAAACACACCAGCUUUGCUCUGACGCCCACCAUAAUGGGCGCACCGCAGUCGCAGUCGGGUUCGGGCUCGGGCCACCAUGUCUCGUUUAUGCCCUUGCCAUUGCCGAUGAUGGGCAUCAAGCGUUUGCGCGACUCCAACUCCAACUCGUCGCUCAGCUCACCAGCUGUGGCUGUGGCCAAGUCUAAGGCGACCGGCUCGGCACCGUCUCUGGUAGAGGCAGCCGAGUCGCCAAGCGAGAGGAAACACACAGUGCUGGAGAUGCGGCAGAGCGUGCAGAGCCAGAUCACCACGCUGGAGGAUGUGGACGAUGAGCUGGAGAGCGAGGACAAUACCGACAGCGACAGCGUGGGCGUGGCUCUGGUGCAGACGACGCCGCAGCUGGAGUACCAGGCGGGCAUUGGCUCGAGCUCCUCGAGCACCUCGAUAAAGUAACCAUAUUAGUGAUAAGAUCUGCAUAGUUAUACGUGUCUAUUGAGCUAAUAACUUGACGAUCUCGAUGUGCCCCACCAGGGGCGAAUAAGUGUUUUAGUUUAUUGCAUAAGUAGUUAAACAUAGCCGUCAUAUCUUAGCUCUUCCAUUGAUAGAAUAUAUGUAUAUCCUAAGCUCCUUACUUCCUGCAUCUUGUAAAUGCUUCUCAGCUCAUCCUCUACCUUGACUCUACCUGAACGCCAUCGCCCCAGCCUGUCCUCGUACCUGACACAUUCGCUCUCUUGCCCUCUCUUUCCAGUUCAAGUACUACUCAAGCCUUAUAAUAUAUCACUCCCAUUUCAUACUCUACAAUAUUACGGGUGCAAAAGAAUUUAAACCUACCAAAUAACCAAUCGAAUAGCUAAAGGCCAGGUUGAUGCACAAUUUUGUACGUAACUUGAGUUACCUGUCGCAAUCGGGUUUCCUCAAUCAGGCCAGUUAAACAUGUCUAAAUGUGAUGUCUACUACUACUACUAUAUUGUCUACUACUAUAAGGCGCCAACUGCAGAAGAAACGCAGGAGAUUACAUAAACACAGAUUACAUGGAUAUAUAAAAUACAAAGUUCAACUUAAGCGGAAAUAGGAUAGAAUCAUCACCGUGCGGUCAAAGUUCAUAAAAUGGGUAUUUGCUUAUCAUACGUAGCCGAAGUUAUUCGCAUCUUCAUCCAAGCUCCAAGCGGCAA